GUGUGUGUGUGUGUGUGUGUGAGGAUGUGGCCUGUUGUCUUUAAAACAAAUCUAAUGUUGUUUAAAUUAGGACUCGAUCACAACAGCGGACGAUUCAUCGACACUGACAGACAUUAUUAUUAUGACGUCAUGAUUCUGUACAAUCACAGACCAAGCCGAGUUCAGACGCUAAGACGUUAAUGAAGUAAUAACCGAAGCAGGAUUUCUGUGUAAUCUCUCCUCCCUCCCUCCCUCCCUCUGAUUGACACCACGGCUCCCGGCAGUGACGUGGUGUGCGCAGGGACCAAUCGGCGCUCUCCCGGGGGGCGGAGCUUCGACCUGUGCAAACUCCAGCUCAUAUUCUCAGUCAGUCUGUGUCUCUCCCUGCAGUUGUUUACGUCCAGGUUCUGGGGAACGUCGAUGGCGAGUUGAGCUGGGAGCAGAACCUCCUCAGUGUGCGCGUGCACGUCUGCCAGAUACGCGCGUGUGUGUGUGAGAGAGAGUGUGUGCCAGCCUGUGUGUGUGUGUGUGUGGGAGAAAGAGAGAAAGAUAGAGAGAGAGUGUGUGUGUGAGCCUGGAUCUGCAGCGGGGUUGACUUUUCCCUUCUUCACUCCCACAGCAUGAGAAUUUCCAUGUCAGCUCUUCUCAUCUCUCUCAUCUUCAUCUUCGGCCAUUUGUUUUUUUCUCACCAUCCGAACUCAUUGUGUCGUUUGGCUGCCGCUGCUGCCAGCCUGAGUCAGCUGCUCCCUGCCGUCUCCACCUUCACUUUCACCGCCUCCAGCGGUACCAGCAGAACCGGCGGCACCGCCGUCACCUCCGGCCGGGGGUCCAGUUGAAAAGCGGGACCAACCUCUCCUUCUCCUCUCCUCCUGGAUAUCACCGCACGAGCCGGGAAUACCACGCCGAGGAUUUACCCACGCUCGUGCGCGCUGGUACUUUUUUUUCCUCUCUUCCUCGUGUCUGUGAUGGAUGUAUGAGGAGAAAAUUUGUUCACUGUCGUCUGAAGGAACUACUGCCCUGCGCAGCAGCAGCAGCCGCGGUCGGAAUGUUCUGAGUCCGGUGGCUUCGUGUUCGGAUCGGGAUCUACAAAAAAACGCGAACGAGAAGAAUUCUCCUUCUCCCCUUUUCGCCCGCUGCUCUGCUCUGCCGAAAAGCCCCGUUUCUGUGUUCGUUGCGGAGGCUCCAUCCUUCCAGACGGGCUGUGCUCGCUCACCAUGGGGGAUUGUACGUGGAGAUAUUAUUUUGGAGUUUUGUUCGUGGCCCUCAGACUGGACCUGUGCCGCUCGCUCAUCCUGGAGUCCAUCUACUGGAACACGACCAACAGCAGAUUCGUGCCAGGCCAUGGUGUGGUGUUGUACCCUCAGAUUGGCGAUAAGUUGGACAUUGUGUGCCCCCGUGUGGACGGAGGUGUUGGCGAUGGAGUGGAGUUUUACAAAGUUUACAUGGUGCCCAGAGAACAGCUGGACAGCUGCACCAUCACCAAGGCCGACACGCCGCUCCUGAACUGUGUGAAGCCCGACCAGGACGUCAAGUUCACCCUCAAGUUCCAGGAGUUCAGUCCCAAUCUCUGGGGCCUGGAGUUCUUCAAAGGGAAGGACUACUACAUCAUCUCUACAUCCAACGGCACCAUGGAGGGAAUCGACAACCAGGAGGGGGGGGUGUGCAAAACCAAGUCCAUGAAAAUGAUCAUGAAAGUGGGACAAAACCCCUCUGUUGGGUCGGAUGGAUCGCCCAAAGACAACCCCACCAGAGGACCCUCCUUCCCCAAGCACCCAGAUGACAAGGACAUCUACAACCCCAACGAUGUCCUGGUGAAACCAGAUGUAGCACAACGAGAGAGCGACGACAGCGGCGGCGGUGGCGGCGGCGGCGGCGGAGGCGGUGGAAAGUCCUCCAGCAUGAUUGGCUCUGACUUGGCCAUCUUCGUCGGCAUCCUCUCAGGCAGCAUCAUCUUCAUCAUCAUCAUCAUCAUGCUCAUCCUGCUGCUGCUCAAGUACCGGCGGCGGCAACGCAAGCACUCGCCGCAGCACGCCGCCACGCUGUCCCUCAGCACGCUGGCCACGCCCAAGAGGAGUGGAGGCGGGGGCAACAACAACGGCUCAGAACCCAGUGACAUCAUCAUCCCGCUAAGGACUGCUGACAGUGUCUUCUGCCCGCACUACGAGAAGGUCAGCGGCGAUUACGGCCACCCGGUCUACAUCGUACAGGAAAUGCCUCCGCAGAGUCCGGCCAACAUCUACUACAAGGUCUGAGAACUCUGAGAACCCAGAACCAGACUGGACCAGUGCAGGGCUGAGCAGGAUUUGGUUCUGUCCGACGACGCUCGCUCCUAAACACUCCUUUAUACGCUGGCUCUCCCUCGGCUCCUCCUCCUCCUCCUCGUCUUUGCUGCUUUUUUUUCUUCUUCUACAAAUGUGUUGCCGUCUGGUUUUAUGGUGAGCGACGUCCUCGGGACGUAAAGAGGAAGACAACCUUUGACCUUUGACCUUCUCGUAGGAUACAGAGGUUCUGGAAAGGAGAGGAGGAGGUGACAGAGGAGCUGGGUUCUCCAAGAACCCGAGUGACUUGGAGAGAGACUGUUGGGACCAGGGUCAGAGGUCACGUGACCUGCCCGCUGACGUGCGCGUCUUCAGCUUCACUCCACCUGGUUCUGCUGGAACGUCAAAUGUUACUUGAAGUUUUUUUUUUUUUUUUUUUUUGUUUUACCUUCAUCCAGUGUUUGGUUCCGUCUGUUCUUCACGUGUUCCCUCAGUGACCGGCCGCCUGCUCAGGGCAGAGGAUUAUGGGAGUUUUUCAGUCAGGGUUGUUGUUGUUGGACUUCACUCUUCACCUGGCUGCACAGAGAGACAGUCGUGCUC